AUGUCGAAUAUCGCGAACCAUCUGGCCAGAAGAAAGGCCUGGGACGAGGGGCUGGGCAGCAAUGAAAAAGCCAUUCCCUUCAACAAGCAGGACUAUCAGUCCCUACGGAGCCAGUGCCUGCAGAACCAGACCCUCUUCUGUGAUGAAGCCUUCCCCGCCGAUUCGAGCUCCCUUGGGUACAACGAGCUGGGCCGCUACUCCUCCAAAACUCGAGGGGUGGUGUGGAAGAGACCCACGGAGCUGUGCUCGAAUCCUCAGUUCAUUGUUGGUGGAGCCCAAAGAACAGAUAUCUGCCAAGGAGCCCUGGGUGACUGCUGGUUGCUGGCUGCCAUUGCCUCCCUGACUUUGGAUGAGGACAUCUUGGCCCGUGUGGUCCCAGCUGGACAGAGCUUUCAGGAGAACUACGCUGGGAUCUUUCACUUUCAGUUUUGGCAGUACGGCGAGUGGGUGGAUGUGGUCAUUGACGACAGGCUGCCCACCAAAGACGGGAAGCUGCUGUUUGUCCACUCAGCCGAGGGCUCAGAGUUCUGGAGUGCCCUGCUGGAGAAGGCCUAUGCCAAGGUGAAUGGCUGCUAUGAGGCUUUGUCUGGGGGAUCCACCACAGAGGGGUUUGAGGACUUCACUGGGGGGAUCUCAGAGAUGUAUGAGCUGAACAAGGCCCCCCCAUACCUCUUCAAAAUCAUCCAGAAGGCCCUGGGCCUGGGGUCUCUCCUGGGCUGCUCCAUUGAUAUCACAAGUGCGUAUGAGACGGAAGCAAUCACUCGGCAGAAGCUGGUGAAGGGACAUGCCUACUCUCUGACUGGGGCUGAAGAGGUGCACCUGCAUGGCACCCCAGUGCAGCUGGUGCGCAUCAGGAACCCCUGGGGCCAGGUGGAGUGGACCGGACCCUGGAGUGACGACUCAAGGGAAUGGGAUCUCAUCCCCCCGGAGGAGAAGGCAAAGCUGGACCAUUCAGCCGACGAUGGAGAAUUCUGGAUGGCCUACACAGACUUUAUCAGGCAGUACUCCAGACUAGAGAUCUGUAAUCUGACCCCGGACACCCUGACCAGCAAUGAAGUUGGACGCUGGAACCACUACCAGUUUCAGGGAAUGUGGAGGGUGGGCUCCACUGCUGGGGGCUGUAGGAAUAACCCAGCCACUUUCUGCUCCAACCCCCAGUUUGUCAUCAAGCUGGAGGAUGUGGAUGAUGACCCCCAUGAUGGGGAGGAUGGCUGCACCUUCCUUGUGGGUCUCAUGCAGAAGGAUGGACGCAAGGAGAGGCGUUUCGGCCGGGACCUUAACACCAUUGGCUUUGCCAUAUAUGAGGUGCCAGAUGAGUACAAGGGCCGGACCAAUAUCCACCUGGGUCCGGAUGUCCUCCUGAGGCAGCAGGCGGUGGCCAUGAGCAGCACCUUCAUCAAUCUGCGUGAGAUCUGCAACCGCUUCAAGCUGCCGCCGGGGGAGUACGUCAUCAUCCCCUCCACCUUUGAGCCACACAAGAAGGGCAGCUUCCUCCUGCGAGUCUUCUCUGAGAAGGAGGCCUCCACCAGCCCCAUGGAAGAGGACAUCAAUGCAGAGGUGGAAGAGCAUGGAAUCACAGAGGGCGAUGUGGAUCCCCAUUUCAAACGCUUGUUCAUGCAGAUUUCUGGAAGUGAUUCAGAAGUGUCAGCACCUGAACUUGUUCAAAUUUUGAACAGAGUUCUUUCUCAAAGAACUGACAUCAAGUCAGAUGGCUUUAGCCUUGAGACCUGCCGCCACAUUAUUAGUCUUUUAGAUUGUGACGGAAGUGGAAAACUGGGCCUGGUUGAGUUCCAUGUUCUGUGGAUGAAGAUUCAGAAAUACCUGGAAGUAUUCAAGAAGCAUGACUCUGAUGGUUCUGGCACCAUGAGCAGUCAUGAGAUGAGGGAAGCUCUUACUGAAGCAGGGUUCCAGCUGAACAGUGCUGUGCUGCAGGUGAUAGUGGCCCGCUACGCUGAUCCUUCUUAUGCCAUAGACUUUGACUGCUUUGUGAGCUGCCUGAUCCGAUUAGAGAUGCUUUUCAAAAUGUUUAAAACACUUGACAAAAGCAACACUGGGAAGAUUGAGCUGGACGUGUCGCAGUGGUUAUGUCUGGCCAUCAAUUAA